GCAAAAUCCGAGCGCCGUUCGCGAGGCCAUCUAUCUGCGUGAGAUGGAGAAGCAGCGGAUAAGAGAAGAGAUAAUCGCGGAGGAACUGGCCCGCCGGAGAGUUCUAGAGGCCGAGGUUAAGAGAGAGCUGAUGGUGGAAAGAGAAAUAGCGAUGCGAAGAGCCCGAGAGAUGGGAAUACCGAACGAUGAAAGAUUCUCAAUGCAGUCAGGCUCCAGGCAAUUCAUGCGCCACUUUGAGGAGCAGCAGCGUGCAUUUACAAGCCGGUUCCACAGCGAUCCUCUGUUGCAGCCACCAGAGGUGCCUCAGCGGUUGCCAGAGCAUCCCUGUACUGAGGUCAAGGCUUCUUCAGAGUCUAACAAGGACAAAUUUAUAGUGCUGGCUAGGCCUGAUUCAAAUAUUUCUGAAAAAAAGCGGAAAACGUCGCCAGAAUCAGGUGUGCAGGCACUGCCUUCAACCAGCUCAAAGAAACCCAAGGAGGAGUGGAGUUGUGCCGUCUGUCAGGUCAGCGCCACUAGUGAGAAAGGUUUAAACGAGCACCUUCGAGGUAGGAAGCACAAGGCCAAGGAAGGACUAAGAGCUCAGAGGAUGACACCAACCAGCACGUCCAGCACCAUUUCUGUAAUCGCUGAGAUAAAUCGAAAGGCAAAAGAUGAGAAUAUGGUGGCCAAUGAAGCAAAUGAGAACACAGAGGAAGGCGUUGCUGAUGCAGAUGGUUCUUGUCCAUCUCCUUUAACGGUACCGUAUCCAGCAAAGGAAGACGUUACCGUCUAGAAUUAAUUAACAAUAGAACUAACAUCUACGGGCUGCAGAAGUUUUUUGUUUUUUGAUUUUGGCCAUGGCUGCAGAAGGUAUUGGGUAUCAUUCCAAACCAAAAACUACAAUCUCAUAGAAGUAAACCUUUUCUGUAACCCCCAUAUUAUGUCAUGCUUCUAUUUUAUUUUAAGACCAUAUAUGUUAGAUGAAAUUUGAAACAUGUACAGGCAUGAGGGUUGGUUGAUUCAGAUCAGCUGACAUUUGACAAACUGGCAAAUUAGAUAAAAUGAUCAAAUCAAG